AUGGGCUUGCUGUGGAAGCAUCAUUUUCGAGGCAGGAAGCUUGUCUUCGCAGUCACGGCGGCCUCCUGCCAGGCCUUCCUGCUGCUGGGAUACGACCAGGGUGUCAUGUCUGGUAUCAUCGGUGCCGAAAAUCGAUUCGCCCGGGACUUCAACAAUCCGGAUCCCGAUAUGCAAGGCAAUAUCACCUCUCUGUACAACAUUGGAUGUGUCGUAGGCUCAAUUAUCUCCUACUUCAUCGGCGAAAGACUUGGUCGGCGGAGUAUGCUCAUGUCCGGAGCCACAAUAAUGAUCAUUGGUUCGAUUCUCUUGGGAGCGUCGGAGAACCUCGCCACUCUACUUGCUGGUCGCAUCAUCACCGGUAUUGGAAACGGCAUGAACUCAUCAACAGCACCCGUAUAUCUUAGCGAGUGCGCUCCAGCCAGCAUUCGUGGCGCUCUCCUGACACUUCAAGGGACGGUGACAAUCCUGGGGGUUGUCAUUGCAUACUGGACCGAUUAUGGUACCAGUUUCUACGAAUCAUCUUUCCAAUGGCGAUUUCCGCUAGCCUUCCAAGCGUUCUUCGCCGUCUUCAUUGUUCUCCAGAUCGUCGGACUUCCUGAGACACCUCGAUGGCUUGUUGCACGCGACCGAUACGAGGAAGGCAGAGACGUAAUCGCUGCUAUUCUAGAUAAACCUCUGGACGAUGAAGCCGUUGGAAGAGUGUUGCUGGACAUCCAGUCCGGGCUCGAGGAGGAGAAACGCGACGGUCCGCUCCGUUUCAAAGAGCUUUUCUCAUGGGGUUCUCAACAAAACCUUCGCCGGCUGAUCCUUACCAUCUCCGUGCAACUUGGCCAACAAUUCAGUGGCUCCAACAUGAUCAACUACUACCUGCCAGUGAUCUUCACCGAUACGAUGGGCAUGGAUCGCGAGCUCGCCCUCAUCCUAGGUGGUUGCGCACAGAUUACAUACCUCGUCGGAUCCGCAAUUCCAGUCUUCCUCAUGGACCGGUUUGGUCGUCGUGUACUGCUAAUGUGGUGCUCAGCUGGAUUGAGUUUCUGUUUUGUCAUGGUUACAAUACUGUUGACCAGGGGCUCCAGUGGAGCAGCAUCUGGAGCAGUUGCCUUCAUCUUCCUAUUCCAGCUCUUCUACGGCGUUGGAUGGCUUCCUGUCCCAUGGUUUUACCCGUCUGAACUUUCGACCACCCGAGUACGCUCCAAAAUGCAGGCAAUUGCUUCUGGCUGGAACUGGAUGGCCGUCUUUGCUGUAGUGAAGAUUACCCCUAUUUCCUUCGCAAACAUUGAGUGGAGAACGUUCAUCAUCUUCGCCGUUCUAAACAUUCUGUUCAUACCCAUGGUCUACUUCUUCUACCCAGAGACCAAAGGACUCGAGCUGGAAGAUAUCCCGCUCCUGUUCACGAAAGGUGGUAUCACGGGCGGAGUUUACUCGACUGGUGGAAGAACAGUCCAACCGGGCCAGCAUGCCUUGGAAGCUCGCGUAGAUUCGAAGCAAGGUGACAUUCAGUUGGAUCAGCUUGAGGAGGUGAGGGCAUAA